GUGUGUGUGUGGACUGAUGUACAAAUAUGAGUUUACUUUUGUGGCUGGUAUGAAAUUAUCAUGUGUGUUUUGUCAAAAAAACGCGUUAGUGAGACAAUGCAGCUCCUACAGUUAUCUGUAUGAAGACUAAGACAUGGCACGUGACAUUCCUGGUGAACCCCUGUUUUGAUGACAAUCACGCUGGACUUAACAAGACCUGACUUAGUGUUCUGUGGUCUCGGAGUUAAGAAGCUGAACAUCCCCCUAUGGACGGGAAACUUAGCGUAGUAUCGUGUGGCUUCACUUCUAUUUUACUUGUUGAAAAGACCGCUUUGUGUAUUUCCUAUGAUGUUCAGUUGCCGCUUUGCUUCCUUUAUGCACCCAUCUUUGGCGUCACAGUGCCGCCCGGUGUGAGGAAACAUUUUGUUUUGAAAAAAAUCACAACAGAAAAUAUACAGACAAAACAGAAAGCCACUCAUACUGAUUUUAGUUGUUCCUAUACUCUUCCUCUCGCUUGUAUCUCACAGCAGCAGAAUAGAGAGGGAUGGCGCGUGGUGCGGCUCUGUUGGCGACGCUGAUGGUGGUGGUGAUGGUGGUGGCGGUGGUGGUGGUGGUGGUGGUGGCGACUGCUGCUGAUGUGCCAUUCGUUGAUACCAGGGAUGGCCGCGUCUCAGGCAUUGUGGAGGAAUCGGUGAAGGGCCGAGACUUUUCGUCAUUCUACGGCAUUCCCUACGCUCGGCCACCACUGGGGAGGCUGCGAUUCAAGGAUCCCGAACCCUUCCCAGACUGGGGGGCCAUGGGGGAAGCCUCCAUUCCCGCCCCGCCGUGCAUCCAGUAUUUCUCCGCAACAGAGAGAGUCGGAAUAAAGGAAGUGCUGGGUGAGGAGGAUUGCCUGUACCUCAACGUGUUUGUGCCCAAGAUUAAUGGAGACGCUAGUUUCCCGGUGAUGGUUUGGCUUCACGGGGGAAGGUUCACCCAUGGCAGUGCCCAGGAGUACCCUCCUCACGUCCUCCUGGACCACGACAUCGUGCUGGUGGUGGUGCAGUACCGUCUGGGUGUCCUGGGCUUCCUGUCUACCGAGGACUUGGCGAUGCCUGGGAACCUGGGCCUCAAGGACCAGACCCUGGCGCUCCGGUGGGUGAAGACCAACAUUCACCUCUUUGGCGGAGACAACAUGCGGGUCACCAUCUUCGGUGAGAGUGCCGGCAGCGCCGCCGCCCACAUCCUCAUGUUCGUCCCGGAAGUUCAAGAUCUUUUCUCCCGUGCUAUCAUGCAGUCUGGAACAGCACUGACGUCCUUGAAUAUCAACAAUAAUCCUCGCAAAGAGGCAAUUGAAGUGGGUGGCAGCCUUGGGUGUCCCACAGACCAGGGCAGCAACACGCUCCUUCUGUGCCUGCAGGGGCUGGAUGCAAAGGCUCUCUUUCCUCGUUACGAAAGCUCCAGAAGAUGGGGAGUGCUGCCGCUCACCUUCACGCCCUGGGUGGACGGCCGUUUCCUGCCGCGUCACCCUGCCCUGCUGAUAAGUGAGGGGCGCAGCACCCGGGUGGACAUCAUAUCAGGCAUUACCAGAGACGACGGGGCUCUUUUCGCCUUGCCUGCAUUGGCAAAGAAACAGUUACUGGAGGAGCUACAGCACAAUUUUAGCAUGGCCGGGCCUGCGUCCCUUCAGCUUGAGGGCAGGAGUGAGGACCCGGAGGCUGUAGCCCGCCAGCUGUACCUCCACUACUUGGGCACCACGCACGUCACCGAGGCGCACGCUGACGACUUCAUGAGGAUGUUCACUGACCACUACUUCGCCGUGCCUCAUGACCGCAUCUCCGCCCACCACGCAGGGAAGAUUUACCGCUACGAGCUGCAGCACUACGCCCAGCUCUCCUUCGGCCAACUGAUCUGCCCUUCCUGCGACAACAAGUGGGUGAGUCACGUAGACGAUCUGUACUACUUGUUCCGCGGCGGCCCUCUCUUGUCGCCACGAACAGCACCCCCACAGCGCCCCAAGGACUUACAGCUGCCCGACGACCUCACCCUCAGGGACAUCAUCACGACUCUGUGGACCAACUUUGCUGCCACGGGGAACCCAACCCCUGAUAGCUCUCUGGGCUUCACGUGGGAAGCCAGCACACCAGAGAAUCUGCAGUACCUCUCCCUCACGCCCUCGCCCUCCAUGAAGCCAGACGACCGCAAGGAGACACGCAAGUUCCACAACUCUCUUCCCAUCCAGGAAAAUUUGAUGCUUCACCCGCACCUGGUGAAGGUGCCUCAGGGCGCCACGCGCAGUUCACGUCAUGAAUUGUGAUUUACCAACUCCUGACUAAAUGCAAACAGUAACAAGCACCGCCUACCUAACAACAUAACUUAGAUA